GGUUCUUCCUAUAUUCUAACAGUACAGUAUGUCAUCAGUAACACGUUGAAUCAUUGGGAAUUAGGUUUAACGACAUGCCCGUGAUCAACAGCAAGAAGAAAAAGCAAGGGGAAGAUGCAGCGGUGCAGGGCACUAAUGACAGCAGUGUGGUCAGUAAGGUGUCAGCUGCGGCUCAAGGCUACUUCCAUGAUGACUUUCUCAGACAUUUUGUGGGCAAGGUGGCACGAAGAGCUCCUCUUAUCAACAGGGGGUAUUAUAUUCGUUGGAAAGCUGUCGAUCACUGUGUGAAACGGUUUCUGUGCGUUACUGAUGCCUGUGAUAGGAGACAGAUCCUGACUUUGGGUGCAGGCUUUGACUCCCUUUAUUUCCGGCUACGGUCAGAAGGUGCGGUGGAACGAGUUAGUGUAUUUGAGGUUGACUUCCCUGAUGUUGCCAGACGCAAGGCGGCCUUGAUCAGCAGCAAUCAUAUUCUAAAAGAUGCUCUUCCAGAUUACAGUGUUUUAGCUGGCCCUGUGCACGUGAACAGUGCUCAGUACAAGCUGCUCGGCGUGGAUGUGAGGAACGAGAGAGAGGCGGAGGACGUUCUGAUUGCAGCCGGACUGCAGUGGAACUGCCCUACACUUAUUCUCUCAGAGGUGGUGCUCACUUAUAUGGAAACAUGCUGGUCAGAUGCUGUGAUUGCCUGGGCAGCUAGGAUUUUUCCCCAGGCUUUGUUUGUGAUGUAUGAACAGAUCCGACCUGAGGAUCCCUUUGGCACUGUCAUGCAAAACCACUUCCUGAAGCUUAACUCCAAAAUCCAUGCCCUCUGCCAGUACCCAGACACGGCAGCACAGACUGAGAGGCUGUUACAAAAGGGCUGGGAGAAAUGUGUAUGCUUGGAUAUGAACCAGUUUUACUUCGGUUUUCUAACAGAGGACGAGAGGCUCAAGGUGGAGAAGUUAGAACCGUUUGAUGAAUUUGAGGAAUGGCAUCAAAAGUGCUCUCAUUACUUCGUCCUCACCGCCUCCAAAGGCUCUCUGACCAGUCAAGCAAUUCUCACACUCCCUACAGAUACCCCCGUUCCUUUACUCAAACUUGAUCUGGAGGGUUUUCCUGUGACAGUGCGGCUCAUUGCUGAAGCACCACAUGUAGAGGCUGUGGGAAUGGCCUCCUGCCUGCUGGAGCCUGGGGUUGUGCUGCUCACCGGGGGCUGUGGAAGACGAGGCCGAAACACUGCAGCCACGCUUUUGAUUAAAGACAGCACAGCCUGGAGAUAUGCUACUGUUGAGCCAAAGGGACAGAAAGGUAUACGGAUUUAUCACUCCAUGACCUCAGUCCCUGGUUGGGGUGCAGUAAUUCUAGGUGGCAGAACUUCUCCACUUAACCCCAUUGAUGCCAUUCUGAAAGUUACCUAUCUGACUGACCAGUUUAACUCCAAAAAUACACUGGUAUCUAUGGAGAAGAUGGUGUGUAAAGGCACAGCCCCAAAGCCAAGAUGGCGGCAUACAUCUACCUUGCUGAGUCAUGAGGACAGGAACUACUUGUUUGUUUUCGGAGGUCGUACAGAAAGGGAACCGGUCCUAGGUGAUGCACACUUCCUGUGUUUGGAGGACCAGAACUGGACGAAUAUCCCACUUGAAGGCUGCAUCCCCGAACCACGUCACUCUCACACUGCUUGUGCCUAUAGACAAGGUCUGGUAAUCUUUGGAGGCUUGGGCCGGGGAGGAGUCCCUUUAGGAGACGUCAUCCUGCUGAAGCCCAAUUCCACAGGCUUCUGCUGGGAGAAUUUGCAUAUCUGUCCAGCCUUGGUACCAAGGUAUUCCCAUUCCUCCCAUGUGAUUGGUGAGAAUCUGGUGGUAGUUGGUGGUGUCUGGAUCCAGGCAGAUGGUGUCCCAGGCGUUGCUGUAAUAAACAUGACCACUAGGGUCAGUGUUGAAGUCAGCUUAGACACAUCAUUUGUCCCCUGGCCCCUCAUGCUACAUUCAUUCUGCUCAGAGCUGCUGGACUCAGAUGGAGCUGAGAUGGUGCUCAUCGGUGGUGGAGGAAAUUGCUUCUCUUUUGGCACCCACCUCAAUUCCCAGCCUGUUAUUAUAGACCUGAGUCCUGUGCUUCAAAACAUGGCACAUUUAGACCACCCAGUCAAGACACUUCUGGAAACAUAGAAUUCUACCACCUUCAGCUUGUGGCUAAACCUAGCUAUGAACACCGUCUUGGGCCAUAAUCAUGUGCAGUAAUUCAAACAUUGUAAAUAAUCAGACAGACUCUUCCAAGCUAUCACCAGCUAAACUUUAUUUCAUGUAGGACCUCAGUGUAAUUCACAACCAAAGAGGUAUAAUCAUGGGGCAAGGGGCAUCAGUGCAUCCUUGUUUGGUUAUUCAGUCAGGCGGCAUAAGGACUGCACGGUGGGACAGACUGCACCCCAGUCAACAGGCUUGCGAUAUUCACCCUUUUCCAGGAUGUACUGCCUGCCAUGGUAAUUGGGAUACUCAUAGAACACCCAGUAGCCAUUCAGGACCUUACAGGAGUGCACCUCUCUCAAGUGGUAGCGCUCCAGAAUGGAGGGGCAGUCCUCGGUGGCCUCAAAUGACUGACCUGCGAAGUCUGCCUUGUCAAAGACCUUCACCUUGUACUGUGUCCCAGUUGGCUGGAAUGGAAAUCGAGGGAUUAAAACGGAUAGAAGUGAUUGGGUUUGGGGAAGGAAAGGAAAGGUAAAUGUAAAUGGGAAGGUAGAGGACAGAAGGUGAUGAGAUAUUUUACUACAUAUUCUGGGAUAUUUUAUUUUAUGGUAGAUAAAAUUCAAACAUCAUGUGAGUCUAGAAUGAGUUGCUUGGGGGGGGGAGGG